CAACCCCUACCGCCAUCCCUUUCUCUUAUUGCCCGUUUGGGGAAAACGUAACUGUAAAGGACCUCAACGUCGGUUGGCGAACUUCCACCAAGAGGGGUGCACUCUGCGCACCUUUAAUUUCUCUCUCUAAAACCCUAACUAACCACAUUUUCCUCUCUAACUCUCUAACACCGCAAUGCCAAUGCGAAGAGGGCUCUGCCUGAACCUUCUCCUCCUCCUGUCCUCCUUCUCCUUUUCUUCUGCUGAUCCGAUACCUGGUGGAGAUUCAGAAAAUGGCGUCGUCGUCGUCGGUGUCAAUGCUACUGCUGAAUUGAAUGCCUCUGCCGUUGCGAGAUCUGAGGAAGGUAGUUUCGCCAACAUGAUUGAUCGAGCUCUGGAAAAAGAGUUCAAUGAGACCGAAGAGCAGCCCGGUGCAAUAGAUCACGGGAGCUUCAACAAUAGUGUCUCGGAGCAGGAGGCAGUUCUGGAAACCGUUGCUAGGGUUGGUAGGGUCAAGUUUAAGAAGAACGAGACAAAUGAGGAAAAGUCAUUCCAGUUGCAGAGUGUUUUCAACCUGGAUAAUGACAAUGGAGCAGAAGAUACGCCUACAUUGAUAGAUCGAAAGGAUAAUGUUUUUAUCAUGUCUAAUCCGAAGUCAAAGUUUCCAGUGCUGCAGCUAGAUUUAAGAUUGAUAUCUGAUCUGGUUGUUGUCAUUGUUUCUGCAACUUGUGGUGGCAUUGCCUUCGCGUGUGCUGGACAACCGGUUGUCACUGGAUAUUUGCUGGCAGGAUCAAUUAUUGGACCUGGUGGUUUUAACAUUAUCAGUGAAAUGGUGCAGGUUGAAACAGUUGCUCAAUUUGGUGUUAUCUUUCUUCUUUUUGCGUUGGGCUUAGAAUUUUCCACUGCAAAGCUUCGCAUUGUUCGUGCUGUUGCAGUGUUAGGAGGGUCACUUCAGAUAAUUCUCUUCAUGUGUUUGUGUGGAAUAACAGCCUCGUUAUGCGGUGGGAAAGCAUCUGAGGGUGUUUUUGUGGGUGUCUUCUUGUCAAUGUCUUCAACAGCAGUGGUGUUGAAAUUUUUGAUGGAAAGAAAUAGUGUUAACACUCUCUAUGGGCAAGUCACAGUUGGAACCCUUAUUCUGCAGGAUUGUACAGUCGGUUUGCUAUUUGCACUGCUUCCUAUUCUGGGUGGUACUUCUGGUGUUUUUCAAGGAAUGGCUUCCAUGGCAAAAGUGUUGGUGAUUUUGUUGAUGUUCUUGACCAUUUUGUCGAUCCUAUGCCGCAGUUGCGUUCCUUGGUUUCUUAGAUUGAUGAUAGGCCUAUCAUCACAGACUAAUGAAUUGUACCAACUUGCAUCCGUGGCUUUCUGCUUGCUUGUUGCUGGGUGUAGUGAUAAGCUGGGUUUAAGUCUUGAACUGGGUUCUUUUGCUGCUGGAGUGAUGAUAUCAACUACUGAUCUGGCUCAGCAUACUCUUGAACAGGAUCUUACUCUUUUUCAGUUUGAGUCUGCACCCUUCCUUCAGUUGCUUGCUCUAGGAUCAGAAGUUCUUCCAAUGCUUUAUUUGUUCUGGUGCUGAUUUUGCCAAAGACUUCCCUGUUCCAUAUGACUAGGUCUCUUUUCAAGAAUUUCAGCUUUUGAGAAAGAAUAAAAUCAGGAGAACCAUUUAUCACAUAGCCGUGCCACCAUUG